AUGGAUCCUUAUCUCACUUGUAUACCUAUAAUAUUUGUUAAUUUAACUCAUGCUUCCAAGACUUCUGUAUGCAGGUGGACUGAUUCUCGGCCAGAUCCGCCUCUUCCACCUGGGGUUCUUUCUACGUCAUAUUCUUCACCACUUGUGCCAACUUUGAAUCCUGCUGGACAUUUGCCCCAGUCCUUUCAGAAAACUCGUUACCUUGCUGGCAAUGGCGAUGGAAAUCUUUUCCCUGUGGUUGCUUCUGUUCAACCUUGCUCUGAAUCUUUUCAUACCUCUCAACACGACUCUUCUGAGGCUAUACUCAAUACUUUACAGCCGCGAAGUGCUAAUGAUCUUGAGAGCGCUGCUCAGAAUGCUGUUUUGCAUGAACAGGAAAUUUCUGCACAAAAAGUAAUUCAAAGCCAAAGAGAAGCAAGAGAUGCAAGUGGACCUAAGGAUAAUUCGGAUAUUUUCUCUGGUCGUCAUGACCCAAAUGCUUUAAAGGAGCAUUUACUCCAAAUGACGGCAGACCAUCGUGUACAAAUGUCCUUAAAGCGUGGAAAGUCUGCACAGCCUGAGCAAGGUAAUGUGGAAAUUGGAAAUGGAUAUGGAGUGCCAGGUGGAGGUGCUUAUUACAGUGCCUCAAAUACCGAUGACUCGAUCUCCAAGACUAAUGGGGGUUCCGAACAUAAUUCUGGUAAAGAAUUACCUGAAUACCUCAAGAAGAAGUUGAAGGCUCGAGGUAUUCUUAAAGAUGAUUCAAAAAUAGAGAACCAUGGCAUAGCAAUCAAUAGCUCAAAGGCACAAUUACCAAAGACAUCAGAUGCCACUUUGCCUGUGGGAUGGAUCGAAUCCAGGGACCCUACAAGUGGUGCUUUAUAUUAUUAUAAUGGAAGUACUGGGAAAAGUCAGUGGGGAAGACCUACUGAGGCUCCUGCACAAGUUUCUGGGGUGUGUUCGGGACUUCCUGAAUAUUGGCAGGAGGUUCUUGAUGAAUCAACUGGUCAAAAAUAUUACUAUAACUCACAGACUAAUGUAUCACAAUGGGAACAUCCUUCUAAACCACAGCAGGUUGCCAUUCAGCACCAUGAUGGAACAGUCACCAACAAUGCAACUAAUGUAACUUGGGUUGACCAAGCUUCCACAUUCCAGAGAUGCAUUGAAUGUGGGGGAUGGGGUGUGGGGCUUGUACAGUCAUGGGGUUACUGCAAACAUUGCACUCGAGUUCUCAAUCUUCCUCAAAGCCAGUAUGUGUCAGCAAAUGUGGAGAGACAACAACAAACUUCUGGGGAUGCAGGUGUCACAGAAGACUCUGAAAAAAAGUUUCAGAGGCAGAGGUCUAGUUUCAAACCACCAAUGAGUAAAAGCAACAAAAAAGACAAACGGAAACGCACAAAUGAUGAGGAUGAUGAAUUGGAUCCUAUGGAUCCAAGCUCUUAUUCGGAUGCUCCUAGGGGUGGUUGGGUUGUAGGUCUCAAAGGAGUGCAACCACGGGCAGCAGAUACCACUGCAACGGGUCCUCUCUUUCAGCAGCGCCCUUAUCCAUCUCCUGGAGCAGUCUUGCGUAAAAAUGCUGAAAUUGCUUCUCAAAGGAAAAAUACUAAGUCGAUUCUGACCCCUAUAUCCAAGAGAGGUGAUGGUAGUGAUGGACUGGGUGAUGCUGAUUGAAGAAUUUAAGCCAUUGUGUUAUAUUUAACUUUAAAUGAGGAUUCACAGAAAGGGAACUUUUCCCAGUUGAAGUUGCUGCACCACAAGGCGCUAGACAUUAUUUCCUUUUCUUCUUGACGUACUGCUGAAAGAGUUUCAUCCUAAAAUGCUAUAGGCAUGUAGAACAUAUAAUCUGCAGUUGAAAUGCUAGCGUCUAAAUUCCUUCUUCUUCGUCUUCUUCAGAAAAGACUUCCAAACUUCAUAAACAGGGACUGCUGUAGGAGCAUAAUAUUUAUUGUAAUGUUUGGCAUACGGUUCCUGUAACCAGAGAAUUGAGUAGUUUUUUUUUUCUUCUUUUUUGAGAAAGAGAUGUCAUGAAAAGGAAAAAAAUUGAGUUCUCUACAGUUGUUCGAAGUUAGAACACUUGGAUCC